GACGCGCCCCGCGCCGUCUUCCCGUCGAUCGUUGGUCGCCCUCGUCAUCAGGGUGUGAUGGUCGGUAUGGGUCAAAAGGACAGCUAUGUCGGUGAUGAGGCCCAAAGCAAAAGAGGUAUCCUCACCCUGAAAUACCCGAUCGAGCACGGUAUCAUCACCAACUGGGAUGAUAUGGAGAAGAUCUGGCAUCACACCUUCUACAACGAAUUGCGUGUGGCCCCUGAGGAACACCCAGUCCUUCUCACCGAAGCCCCCUUGAACCCAAAGGCUAACCGUGAAAAGAUGACCCAGAUCAUGUUCGAAACCUUCAACAGC